AUGUCUGUAGCAUCGUCAGAUUCCCAAGCGGAUUACCAUGCCUUCUCCGAGAGGACCUUGGCGGUUAUUAAACCCGAAGCCUAUGAAGAUGCGGAGGCCAUUGAGAAUACUAUCAUCAACAACGGAUUCAGUAUACUUGCAAAACGCAUAGUGCGUCUGACGCCCGAGCAAGCAGCGGAGUUGUACAAGGGCCACUACGGACGGCACCACUUCCCACACCUGGUGGCGCAUAUCUCCAGCGGGCCUGUAGUAGCGCUAGUGCUGGCUGGCAGGAACUGUAUACAGAGAUGGCGCACCCUUAUGGGACCGGCCCGGGUAGCCGAGGCGCAGGCAUACUGGCCGGACAGCCUGCGCGCGUGCUACGGCCGCCGCACGCAGUACGGAGACUUCUUCAACGCGGUCCAUGGCAGCGAAAACCACGCAGAAGCCCUUAGGGAAAUACACUUCUUCUUUCCUAGAAUGAUCAUUGGGCCGCUAGCUCGCCACUGGCAGGUGAGCGAUUACAUCCAGAAGCACAUAACUCCUACCCUUCUACCCGCGUUGACGGCUCUGGCUCACGAGAGACCCGCUGAGCCGAUAAUAUGGCUAGCGGAAUAUUUACAACGUCAUAACCCCAACGAGCCCGAGCUGGCGCCGCAGCUGCCCGAGCAGAGGGAGGACCACCGCUGCCAUACGCCGCAACCCUCACAAGAAUCACUUGUUAAAUAA